AGAGAACAGGAGCAGGAGAAAGAGGCAGGGGUGAGAGUUAAAAACACGUGGGGGGGCAAAGGGGAGAACGAUCAUGGAGCUGCUCCUGUGGCUCUGGUCCCAGCUUCGAUCCUGCGGGAACAACCUCCCAACACUGGGCAUAGCCCUCACAGUCUUCGCUCUGCUAUUUGAUUUCCUGAAGCGCAGGAAGAGCUGGAGUCGCUACCCACCUGGGCCGACCUCGCUGCCUUUCAUUGGGACCAUGCUGCAGAUCGAUUUCCACAACCCGCACCGCUCCUUUACCCAGCUGAGUAAAAAAUAUGGAAAUGUCUUUAGUCUUCAGAACUGCUGGAGUAAUCUGAUAGUAGUGAAUGGAUUCAAAGCAGUAAAGGAAGCAUUGGUCCAGAAAUCAGAGGACUUUGCUGACCGACCAUACUUUCCUAUAUAUGAGCACUUGGGUUAUAGAGAGAACUUCGAAGGGGUGGUGCUUGCAAGAUAUGGUCAUGCCUGGAAGGAGCAAAGGAGAUUUGCACUCUCCACCUUGAGGAACUUUGGGAUGGGAAAGAAAUCCCUGGAGCAGCGUGUGACCGAGGAAGCUGGAUUUCUGUGCUCUGCGAUCUGUUCUGAACAAGGUCGUCCUUUUGAUCCACAUUUUCUUAUAAACAAUGCAGUUAGCAAUGUGAUCUGCUCCCUCGUCUAUAGUGAGCGCUUUGACUAUGACAAUAAGAAAUUUCAGAGGUUGCUGCAUUUGAUUGAACAGGCCUUGAACGAAGAAGCUGGAUUCCUGCCCCAGCUCCUUCUUGUAGUACCUUGGCUGCUGCGCAUCCCUGGAGUGCCACAGAGCGUCUUCCGAGCCCAAAAGGAGGUCCUGGACUUCACAGAUGAGCUUGUGAAGGAGCACAGGAUGACCUGGAAUCCUACCCAAAAGAGAGACUUCACUGAUGCUUUUCUAGAAGAGAUAGAGAAGGCUAAAGAGCAUGCGGGGAGCAGUUUCAGUGACAACAACCUUCGUUUGGUAACAGUUGACUUGUUUACCGCUGGCACUGAGACCACCUCCACCACCCUGCGCUGGGCAUUGCUGUACAUGCUUCUCCAUCCUGACAUCCAGUGUAAAGUCCAUGAGGAAAUUGAUAAGGUGAUUGGCAGGGACAGGUCACCCAAGAUGGAGGACCAAGCGAACAUGCCUUAUACCAAUGCUGUGAUCCAUGAAACUCAAUGUUAUGGGGAUAUUGUUCCUGCUGGAUUGCCUCACAUGACAUACCGGGACACCGAGCUCCAAGGCUACUUCAUUCCAAAGGGGACGACAGUCAUCACUAACUUGUCCUCGGUGCUGAAGGAUGAAACGGUUUGGGAGAAGCCGCACCAGUUCUACCCGGAGCACUUCCUGGAUGCAGAUGGGCAGUUUGUGAAGCGAGAGGCCUUCCUGCCUUUCUCUGCAGGUCGUCGUGUUUGCCUGGGGGAACAACUAGCCAGGAUGGAGCUUUUCCUCUUCUUCACCAGCCUGCUGCAGCAUUUCACCAUCAGUCUCCCUGAGGGCCAGGCCAGGCCUCGAGAGGAUGGACACUUUGCCACGACACUCACCCCACACCCCUACCAGAUCCUGGCUGUCCCAAGAUAAGUGCAGUGUUUUGCAAAGUUCUCCUCAUAUAUUUUAGGAAGGCAGUAGUGCUUAACUGAAAGAUGCUCCUACUCCGGUGGGAGAGCUUCUCCUGUCAAUAUAGUUAAUCCACCUCCCUGAGAGGCGAUAGCUGUGUUGGCAGGAGAAGCUCUGAAGACAUAGUGCUGUCUACACAGGCGUUAGGUUGGUAUAACUAUGUCGCUCAGGGGUGUGGAUUUUUCACACUCCUGAGCGACCUAGUUAUACCUAUAUAGGCCUGUAGUUUAGGCCUGGCCUUAGCAUUGUGUCUGCUUCAUUCUUUAACAGAGUCUCUUUGAGAUCCUCUGAAGUUAUGCUAUCAGCACUAUUGGCCGUUUACCCGUCAGCAUUGUGUAGAUCCCUGUUGCGUGUUGGUACAAAUAGCAAAUGUGUAACGGAAUGCUCAAGAUAGCGUGAUUACAUGUGGGUAGCAAGAGCCUGGCAGACUUGUCACUGCAACACAUAAUAUGAGCUUAUUGCAACUGUUUAAAUGGGAAAGUCGGUGCUCUGAGCCAGCAGGGUGUGGUUUGGUUUUCUAGCACUUUGCCUGGGUAUUCCUUCAGGGCCAAGCCAUUGCCUUCUCUGAGAAGAGAUUUUGAAGUACACUUCGCAUUUGCUUGUACAUGCUGCAGACAAUGCUAUUGACAGAGAUUUACCUGCAUUAUUUUAGGAGAUUUGGUAAACAAAAAUGGAUCACAUCUUCCACUGAUCUAAAGUGACUUCUGGAGCUAUGCCUAUUUGCGCCAGCUGAGGAUCUGGCCCAAUAUGUACUUUAUAGUUUAGUGUCAUUCCAGUUUUGAUCUUAUCUUUUUCUCUUUACACAAACGUAAUAUGAAGGAACCACAUGUGUACAGUGGGGUCCAAUCAUGUGUUUGUUGGAAAUACGCAUGCCAGGCAUUCCUCCAUGUACACACUGCUGCUCUGACUGGGUUCUGGCAACUGCUAAAAAAAACCUGAACAUGGGGAAUGGAACAAAAAAGCUCACAAACUAUUUAAAGGGUUAUUAUGCUAUGCCUGUACACGACACCUUCCUUCCUCCAUUACACACGUUCCUUUCACUUUCAGCCCAGAAAAGUGUUAACACAGUUUCUUUGGAAUAGAAACCUCUUAUGUUAGAGUAAAGCGACAAUGGGAGGAAUUGCCAGUAAAUUGUCUCAAAAUGUUGUGUUUUGUGCAAGAUAACCCUGUAAUUUGCCCUUGCAAAUGAUUGUUAUAAUUUGUGUAUUGAAUACAAAAUAGUAAAAUUAUGUUAAUAAAAAGAGGAAUCUUUUAUUCUUUAA